AUGAAUUUACAACAACAACAGACGAGACGGUCCGUAACUCUGUUAUCAACCGUUCCGGAACACGAUGCCGAAAACGAACCGAUUCCAUUCGAAAUUGCAUCAACGUCGUUGUUAUCGAGUCCACAGAAGAAUCAUUUGCUGCGCCCGUACUCAAAUCAGGAAAAUUAUGCAAAAACGAGCGAAAAAUCAGGAUACCACGAAGAACAGCAUUAUCAUCAGCAACAAUACCCGUCAUCAUCUCCGCACCAGCACGUCCGUCGAAGUGGCCGUCGUACAAGUUUCAUACGACGCCUUUCGGCCGCAAUACCCUCCCUAUCAGCCGAUCCAAUACCCUUUGCUGCCGUAAGUUUUAUACGCCAUACAUAUUUUUUAUUUUUCUAG